AUUAAAGACACAAACAGCAGAGCAUUGGGAACACUUCACAAUUUGAUGAGAUGGACUUGACAGCUGAGAGUCACUCCAUUCCUCUGAAUGACGGAAACAGCAUGCCUUUGAUGGGACUGGGAACUUAUGGGGAUCCUCGCAAGACCCCUAAAGGAACUUCAUAUGAGUCAGUCAAAUUGGCUAUAGAGACAGGGUACAGACACCUUGAUGGGGCUUUGGUCUAUUUCAAUGAACAUGAAGUGGGACAGGCUAUAAGGGAGAAAAUUGCAGAUGGAACUGUGAAGAGAGAGGACAUCUUCUACUGUGGAAAGCUGUGGAACACAUUCCAUCCCCCAGACUUGGUUCGACCUGCUUUGGAGAGAACUUUGAAGACAUUACAGCUGGAUUAUGUCGACCUCUAUAUCAUAGAGAUGCCCACGGCCUUCAAGCCAGGAGAUACAUUUUACCCCAAAGAUGAGAAUGGGAAGGACAUUUAUCACAACACGGAUCUCUGUGCAACAUGGGAGGCUUUGGAGGCUUGCAAAGAUGCAGGGCUGAUAAAAUCUCUUGGAGUAUCCAACUUUAACAGGAGACAACUGGAGUUGAUCCUUAACAAACCUGGGCUGAAACACAAGCCGGUGUCAAACCAGGUUGAAUGCCAUCCCUAUUUCACUCAGCCAAAGUUGCUUGAGUUCUGCCUGCAGAAUGAUAUUGUCAUUGUGGGAUACAGCCCUUUGGGGACAUCUAGAGAUGAAUCCUGGGUAAACCUAAAAUGCCCCCCAUUGUUAGAAGAUGAGCUACUGGCAUCCAUUGCUAAAAAGUAUAACAAGACCACAGCCCAGGUGGCCUUGAGGUUCAACAUGCAGAGAGGAGUGGUGGUCAUCCCCAAGAGCUUCAACCCUGUUCGCAUAAAGGAGAACUUUCAGACAUUCGACUUCUCUCUUACUGAGGCCGAGAUGAAGGCAAUUGAGGGACUGAACAAGAAUAUUCGUUUUGUGGAGCUUCUCAUGUGGUCUGAUCACCCAGAGUAUCCAUUUCAUGAUGACUACUAGAUGCCUCAGAUGUCAAGACUUCACUUGCAUUUGAUCAAAAAAGCGUGUU